AUGCAUCAUAUCCUGCGCACUGCUCCAGACUGUCCAGACUCGUGCCAAAGUUGCUUGUACACGUCAAAUCCCAAGGUUUGGUUUCACCAACGAUGCUACGACAUGUUGACAGACAGUUAUGAGCCAGCGAAAAGCCCUAUACAGCCCGAGAUGAUGAAGUACAUGUGUGCCAUGAAACCCGUCUAUCAAGUCCGAAGCGAUAGACGCGGGGAGAUCGCGUCAGCCUUGGAGGGGUUGCGAGGAGCAUCUACUAGGGGAUUGACCCAGCCAGAUUCCACACUGCACUUCUUCACGCGACUACCGAUGGAGCUGAAGGUUGCGGUCGCGGAGUUCACAGCACCGUGCUGGUAUCUGACCGUCCUGGGCGAGGGCCGUCGGUUGCUGGAGGAGUGGAGGCACCGUGCCCCUCAGCCGAAGCAGCUGCUCACGCUCCAGCACGAUGUCUGGAUGCGACGUAUCUGCUGCCGAGGCAUCACGUACGUGACCCAGCUCAGCACCGAGCCGCUGGAAGCUACGGCUGCGUCGCGUGUAGACCACCUCAAGAUACCCGCCGCGAUAGACAGGAUUGUCUUGUCGCUAGACGCGUUUGGCUUGCGCGGGAUCCAGUUUGUGGGCAAGGACUCGGUGCCAGAACCCGACGGCUCGUCGUGGUACAAGGUCCUCCGGCCGCACGCUUCUGUUGGUCUGUUCGUGCGAGACAUUGCACUCGUCUCCGACGGUUCGUCCUCCGACAAGUGGUGUUGGAGCACACCCCUACCCCCCGCAUUCCAGCGCUGGAACGCGCAUAGCCUCCGCAAGAAUCCUCGGUUGGACUACGUUGCGUUCGAUGACAACGUCAAAGGUCUUCUAGCGUGUUGCACCGGCCAUGGGAUAAUGGGUCUCCACGGAUUCUCGGACACGGCGACCCGUUUCACAGAAUUUCUCGAUCUGAUGCACUGGCGCGACAGCACGAGCGACAAAGUAUGGAUCUACUUCCCGUUGAACCAGCAAGAAUCCAUCACGGCUGCUUGGACGCGCAGGUAUUGUCUUAGAGCUAGGGAGUUCGGCUUAGUGCUUCAAACCUCGUUAGGAAGAACCAUUACCCUCGCACCUCCAACUCCACAUUUCAUGGAAGACCCAUUCAAAUGCGUUCCGCUGGUCAAGGCGAGCGAUGGCCCGAUCACUGGUGUCUUUCACGACGGACUCGACCCCGCUCGCGUACACAUCACCGCAGUCGGGGUUACAUGCAGUGACUCAAUCAAUGGAGGUGGUAGUGCUCUGGAUUCGCAGCCGGAGGGUCCUCGCUUGGAGCCUCCAGGAGAUCCCAAUGGUCGCCUCGGCCUGUCAGAGAAAAAUUGGUUCAUGACAAAGGCACCACUCCAGGGGCUGAUUAAAGUGCAGGUCUGCAGGGAUCCGGAGCGACCGCAUCGUCCCAUUUUUGGUCUGUUGCUUAUCUACGACGACGAGCAUAUCGAGUCGCUCGGACAGGUGCGGUGGGAGUACGGCUUCAGCGAAGAGGUCCAGAUGCCUGCAUACGUCGAUACGGAUGCUGUUGAUGGACGAAAGUGUGUCAAGGACAUCCGUAGCGCCCAGAAACCCGGGAUAGAUUUAAGCAUGGAGGGUUGGCGAGCGUUGCCCCCCACUAACACUAUUGUCUGGUGGUUCUAUCAUGGUGGUGAUGAGAUCGCCAUAUAUGAUUGA